CCCACCACGACCUCGCGAAUCGCCUCGGAACGACAUUGUUGCUGUGGAAAGGGCGACGUUGUGCUGGUGUAGAUGAUCCUGGGGAAAAAUAAAUUUCUAUGUUCUCCGUUCGAGCUGGAUGCGGGCAACUGAAUUUCACCUUGCACGUGAUUGGUGGUUCUGCAAUUAUUAGACACUACGGCCACAGUUACCGUGUGUGUGCCCCCCACAAGUCGACGAUAUUGCACAACAUUCAUUUCAAGCGGUCUCUUACUAUGAGCCAUCAGAAGAAAGUCAGCCUCAAUCCUCACGAUCUUUGGGGCGUUUUGAAAGGUACCAAUAUGACUCAGAACGGCGGCGCUGCUGCUGCUGGCCCUGGACGUGACUCAUCCACCCCUGAGUCCAACGCAUCAAAAAGACCAACCAGUCCAACAUCAAGCAAAAAACUCCCAAAUAGACCAAAAGAAAUGUCUUCCAAAGCAGCUCCCGCGGCAAAUCAACCGCCAAAGUCUCUACCAGACUUUAUUGUGCAGAGAAAUGAACUUUUCGAUCAGCUAAAAAAACAAUAUGACCAAGACCUGGUAGCCCGAGAGAAGUCUCCAAUUCAGAUCAAACUCAUCCCAGCUCCUGGCCAGGAUACCACUGUCGAGGGUAAAGCAUGGGAGACCACGCCUGGCCAACUCCUAAGAAAUGUUCCCAAAGAGCGCGCCGGUCAAAUCGUCGUCGCCAAGGUUGAUGACAAAGUAUGGGACCUUGACCGACCGCUCGAAAAGGACAGCAAAGUCUCGUACCUCACCUUUGACGACCCUGAAGGCCGAGACGUAUUUUGGCAUUCUUCCGCACACGUUCUGGGUGAAUGUGCCGAGCACGAAUAUGGCUGUCGUCUAUCCCAUGGUCCGCCCACCGCUAUGGGUUUCUUUUACGACAUGGCUCUCGAGCCUGGCCAAGCUGUCCGCGAAGCAGACUGGCCCUCGAUUGAAUCCCGCGCGAAGAAAUAUUUCAAAGAAAAACAGCCCUUCGAGCGACUCGAGGUCUCCAAAGACGACCUCCGCAAAAUGUUUGGCUACAGCAAGUACAAGAUGCACUAUAUCGAGAAAUUCGUACCUGACGGCGAAUCAUCGACUGUCUACCGCAACGGAUCUCUCGUCGAUUUGUGCCAGGGCCCUCACAUCCAGAAUACCAAGAAGAUUGAGUCAUUCAAGAUCAUGAAGAACAGUUCCGCGUACUUCCUUGGUGACCAGAACAAUGAUUCGCUUCAGCGCAUCCACGGUGUCGCUUUCCCGUCCAAACAGCAACUGAAAGACUGGGAACACUUCCUCCAGGAGGCCAAGAAGCGCGACCACCAGGUGAUCGGUCAGCAGCAAAGGCUGUUCAUGUUCAGCAAGAUGUCGCCCGGAUCGCCCUUCCUCCUCCCCCACGGCACCCGCAUCUUCAACGCGCUUCAACAAAUGUUGCGCGAACAAUACUGGGAUCGUGGAUACCAGGAGGUCCAAUCGCCCAACAUGUACGAUGUCGAACUCUGGAAGACCUCGGGUCACUGGCAGCAUUACCAAGACGACAUGUUCCGCGUCCAAGUCAAGGACGACACCGCCGAGCCCAUGCCGUUGGCCGACCAAAAGGCCGAUGGUAAGCCCCUCGCCCCGCCGCAGGCGCACGACAAGGACAAGGGCAUCUUCGCCCUCAAGCCCAUGAACUGCCCUGGCCACUGUAUCAUGUUCCGCGACGACGAGCGCAGCUACCGUGACCUGCCGUGGCGAGUGGCUGAUUUCGGGGUCCUCCACCGCAACGAAGCGUCUGGUGCCUUGUCCGGCCUCACGCGCGUGCGCAAGUUUCAGCAGGACGACACGCACAUUUUCUGCACAAACGAACAGGUUCAAGGUGAGAUCGAGGAGCUCUUCGCCUUUAUGGAGCACGUGUACGGCCUGUUCGGAUUCCCCUUCAAGCUCAAGUUCUCGACGCGCCCAGAAGGGUACAUGGGCACGCUCGAAGAGUGGGACGCCGCCGAGGCCCGCCUCAAGCAGGCGCUCAACAACUUCCGCGGCGACGACUGGGAGAUGAACGAGGGCGACGGCGCCUUUUACGGACCCAAGAUCGACGUCACCAUAUCCGACGCCUUGAUGCGUGAGUACCAAUGUGCCACCAUCCAGUUGGACUUCCAGGGUCCCCAGAACUUCAAGCUCGAGUACCGCACCGGCGAGACCGGCGACGCCGCCGGCCAGCCGACGUCCGGACGCGACGCCAAGGGUCUCGCACAGGGCAUGGCUCGACCUGUGAUGAUCCACCGCGCCAUCAUCGGAUCCUUUGAACGGUUCAUCGCGAUCCUGUGCGAGCAUUUCGCCGGCAAAUGGCCCUUUUGGCUGUCUCCUCGACAGAUCCUGGUCAUUCCCGUCAUGAAGGGUGCCGAAGACUACGUCCGUGAGAUCCAAGGCAUUUUCCACAAGGCCAGGAUGUACGUCGACAUUGACGUCUCGGGAAACACUCUGCAGAAGAAGAUUCGAUCGGGACAAUUGGCCCAGUACAAUUUCAUCUUUGUCGUUGGCGCAAAGGAACAAGAAACCCGCACCGUCAACAUCCGCAACCGUGACGACCCGGCCACCCAGAAGAUGGGUGAACUCAUCCCGCUGCAAAAGGCCCUCGAACGCCUCACGGAACUCCGCGACCAACGUAGACUGGAGAACAAGAUUGACAUGUCGGAAUAAGUUUACGACUCGGCCCUUGCUCGGAUUCGAGUCUGAUGCUCUCGCGACCGAAAAGAGAGGGUGGAGGGGAUUCUGGCAGCAACCAAAACAACCUCCCUCCGCUUCAAGCACUCGCCAUCCCUGGCGGCUUCGUUUGAUGGCAACGAGUCACGCGAGAUUCAAUCGAUGAGAGACCAUACUUCAAGCCAAGAUGGCAAACUGUUUAACGGGCCUUAGAAACACGGGCAAUUCAAUUGUACGAAUAGCUGGCAGAUAGCUUUGAGCACGCUCCACGUUCUUUGCUGCAUUCAUCGCACACUUCUCUUUCCGCGUAGAUUCAAAUCAAACAGAAAAGUCAGGCCAGACUCGUAUAGAGGAAGAAAAGAAUCAUAC